AAUCGGAGACGAGCUGUGUCUCGGCCGAUUUAUUUAAAAUACUUUCUCAAAAUAAUCAUUCCAAUAUAAACGUUAAGAAAGUUAUAGUCACUAUAAAGUACAGUUUCAGCGCCAAUAUUAUUCGUAAUGUGGCAGGUCAUAUGAGAGUUAUCCGUGUGAUUCAAUUCACGAGAUCGAAGAACGGAUGGAAUGUUGGUGCUGUGUACAAGGUGGCCGGAAUGAUGCUGGUGCGUAUGAACAUGCGGCUGGCGCUGGGCGCGCUCUGUGCCGCCGUGCUAGUGUUCACACUGUUCUGGGGACACUGUGGGGACCUCUCACGGAGACCCAUAGGCUCAGUGCUAUCGAACGCACUGUCAGAGCGCGCCACCCCGGACGAGAUCGAGUGCACCAUCAACGGCGAGUACUCCGUCACCUGCCGCCGCGACCGCGAGCACGACGAGGUGUUCGUGCCUUUCUCCCUCGUGCACAAAUACUUCGAGAUUUACGGAAAAAUAACAACGGCAGACGGUAUAGAGAAAUUCGAAUGGUCCCACAGCUACGGUAAGAUAUACCAUCCAAAGAAGAAAUACGACCCUCGAGGCACGUUCACCACCUUCGAAAAUUAUAACGUGGAAGUCAGGGACCGCGUUAAAUGCAUCAGUGGUAUCGAAGGGGUCCCUGUCAGCACACAGUGGGAACCGCGAGGCUUUUACUACCCUACACAGAUAGCGCAAUUUGGACUCGCCCAUUAUAGUAAGCACAUUACUGAACCAGAGCCGAAAAGAAGAAUUAUAGAUGAUGGAGAGAAACAUUUAGAAAAUUGGAUCAUUAGCAAGGAUGCUUACAUGGCACGAGAGUUUGAUACUUCUGUACAAUCGAAUGUAUUAAGGUUUUCAACAUCAGACCAUGCGGCCAGUCAAGUUUGGCUCAAAGUGAACGUGACGCAAGACUUCGUGCUGAGUGUGGACCUGCAGCUGAAGGCCAAUUCUUCCAUCACUGUCGUGCUGCAGAAUAAGGAUAAGAAAGAAACUGUGUACCUCCAUUACGUUACGAGCACGCAGUUAAUUUGGGCGCAGGAUGACCACAUAUACUACGGGAUAGGUUUGGAUCAGCAGUGGCGUCGUAUCACCAGGGACCUGAUCAUCGAUAUGCAGAAGGGCUGGGCACUGCAGGACAGGCCCAAGAGAAGGUCGCCUAGGAAUAAGUUCAAGAUAUCGAGUAUAAUCCUGAGCGGCAGUGGUGCUCUGGACAACGUGACGGUGUCGUGGAGUGAGCACAUGUGGCAGUUCUACGCGGCCGCGCGCUGGCUGGUGCGGGCGCAGCGCACGCGCAGUGGCGGCUGGCCCAUACCCGUGCGCCGGCGCAUGGCUGCCGGCGUCGCGGAGCUUAAACCUGGCUGGCACUCAGCAAUGAGUCAAGGGCACGCGAUCUCCCUGUUAUCCCGCGCGUACUACGAGAGUGGUGACGCGACAUACCUUCAGGCCGCCAAGCGCGCGCUGUACUUGCUGGACGUGCCCAGCCACGCCGGCGGAGUCAAAGCCAUGUGGAUGGACAAAUACGUUUGGUACGAAGAAUAUCCAACAAAACCACCGCUAUUUGUACUCAACGGCUUCAUCUACACGCUACUAGGUCUCUACGACCUGCACAUCAUCGAGGGAGAAAACUCUAUCUCUUUAGCAAAGAAGAUGUUCGACGAUGGUAUGACAUCCUUGAAGAACUUACUCCCGUUGUUCGAUACAGGUAGUGGAAGCUUCUACGACCUGCGGCAUUUUACUUUAGGAGUCAGCCCUAAUAUUGCCCGCUGGGACUACCACGCGACCCAUGUCAACCAACUGUACCUUCUAGCUGGCCUAGACAACGACCCCAUACUUAUAAACACGGCUAAACGAUGGGAGGGCUACAUGCAAGGAAAGAGGGCGGCGCAUAAUUGAGAUCAGAUCUCUGCAGGCGAAACCUGCGUUGUUAUUCUACUAAUCUGUUGAGAUUCGGACGGUGGGCCACGUUUUCUAUUCACAUCACACUUAUUUCUUCUCUUUAUCCACGGAAUUAACAAAACGGUGAGAUAACGAAAACGUGGCAAAAAGACGUUAUUCAAAAUAACGUUCUGGUUGGUAAAUCUGUUUAUAUGAUUGUGUUCGACGUCUGUCGGACGGAUGUUAUUGGUUCGGAUUCGGUAUCGUUCUAUAACGGUUUCGUAUUCUAAAAUCAAUUCAAACUCUGUUCGUUCGGUGUUUGAACGUACCGAAGUUUGUCGGAGAUACUCGAAUCAAAUAUUCGAGUUCGUGUUUACGAAUUUAGCCGAAGGUAUGCCGAAGUUACUUUUCAAAUAUAGAAUUGUAACCGACUGAAUAGGUUUUCGGGGAUUUGAGCCAAAUUGCUCUGGGACUGUCUGACUAUAAGGUAUACAAAAAUACGUUGGUUAGUUUAAGAGACCGAUCCAAAUGGGUGUAAAUAAUGUCACGAGGAAAUAAAAAAGUAUUUUUCUACGACAAACAGAUCAAGUUCUAAGUACCUCCAAUAUAAGAAUCUGUAGAUAAAUAAAGUUUGUACAGUUCAAUAUUGUUAAAGGGUCAACUAGAGCCAUAAGCAAUAAACUUGUUUAGAAAUGUUUCUCUUUGUAGCGUGAGUUUAGUUGAGAAUCUUAAUUAGCUGAAGGUCGAUAAUACUACAUAUCAUAAAAUAAAAACGCUUUGAAAUAUUUGUUUUGAGGUAGUAGCAUUCAAUAGUCAAUAGAUUGCAAUAGUGUAGUUGGUCCACUUAUUCUGUGCCAAUAACGAAUUCUAUACAAUACAACAUAACGUCGAAAAUUGAUUUAUUCGUUUAAAAUUUUCUUAUUUAAAACAUUUAUGUUAAAACAAGUGGCUCCAUUCAUGUUGGUAAUACAACAUGGCGUCCAAAAACGACACUAGCGCCACCGCACGUUUCUUAAGUUACUCCAACAUUAAUUAUUCUGUAAGCCUAGUCUCGACAAAUACACUCGAGUAUUCAACCCAAAGAGAAUUUAUGAAUUUGUGUAAUUAUAUUGUUUUAAUAACAAUUUGAUCAAAUUCAAGCAUUAACCGUUGAAGACUGAUGAAAAAAACAAUUUGUAAUGUUUAAAUAAGAGUACUGAUGCAAGUUAAUGUGUUUAGGCUAUAAAUUAUUAUUAUUAGUUGAUACUUGCAUUUUAAGCGGGUUUAAAUAUUAAAGAUUUUUAAAUUGACUCAAAUCAUUUGCGAUAUUUAAUUUUCUCGCUAACUUGAAAUUUUUCAUAGUUGCAAUUUAAACCAUGUUUUCUUUUGUGUAUAUUGAUUAUUUCAAACAUCAAAUUAAAAUAUUUUUUCUAGUAAUUAGCUCGAAGUCGAAUAUCAGUAAUUUUAAGGAUUAUUUUUGACUAAUUUGUGUAAUUGUAAGUUAUUGUUUUUUGACAUGAAUUAAUAAUUAUGAUAGAAAAUCAUAUCAAACGGUAUAUAGAUUGACACAUAGAUUUUAAUGUUUAAUGAAUAAUAAUGUUAAACUUUAAUAAUAUAGAAGUUAAAUUCAGUUUUCAUUGUGUCGACCUGACUAAUAGUGUUGAAGACACACCAAGCCUAUUAACUUGAGUUUGACUAUGUAACUUAUUAAUAUGUGUGACAAAGACAACUAUAUUUUAUGUCUUUGUCACUUAACAUACACACAGCGCCAUUUCUAUAUUAGUGAAUUUCUUGCCAUAACAGAGUUUUUUAUCAAAUUAUUUAUUUGUUUCUAACAUGUUUAGAUUACUUAGUUACAUAGAAGCAGAUGCGCCUCAAAUCUAGUAUAAAUGUUCGCUAACCACUGGACAUUAUUGCAAAAAGAAAAACAUUUAAUUUUUCAGUAUUAUGAGAUUUUUGCAAUAAUCUCCAGUGUCUAUGCUUCGAACCUAAAAUGUUAUUACAAAAAUGACAAAUAACUAUGUAUAAUUCUUAUAAUUUAAAAAUGUAUAAAAUAUAUAUAUAUAUAUUGUACAUAAUGUAUUCGGGCCUAACUACGUAUGUAGAUAAUUAGGUUUUGGUAUUAGCAUCUGGUUUCUAUGGGUAUAUAAUCUGGUAUCUUAUACUAUUACAUAAAGCUGAAUUGUUUGUUUGUUUGUGUGAAUGCCCUAAUCUCAGGGACCGAUUUCAAAAAAUAUGUCCCUGUUGGAUAGUCCAUAUACCGAGGAAAGCCACACAACGAUUAAGUAAUAGACGUCGAGCAGAGCGGGCGAAAUCGCGUGGAAGUAGUUAGUCCGUAUAUGUAUUUGUAAUGUUACCACGUAAUUCAAUGUUCGAAUUACGUGUAUAAGGAAAUCUCUUUUAACUUGUGUGGCUUGUUUAUACAUCUCUGUUCUUAUUAAUCUACCUCCUUCUUUUUGUAAUUGAGGCUAAAUAUUAUUGGAUUGUUUGCAUUUAUGCCUGUAUUAUGAACAAACAUGAAUGAAUGUAAAUUAUUAAUUUCUCUUUGAGAAAAAUCCGAAUCCUUUCUAUAUUUGUAUAAUCUUUUAUUUUAUACGCGAUUUAUACUUACAUAAUUAUUUUACUUUCUACUUAUAAUAUCAAAAUAACGUUAGAUACAUAUCAUACCAAUGUAAAUAAUGUCUGAAUGUUCGAGUUUCCUUCUUAGUGACAAUACUAUCUAUCGUAGUUACCUGUUACUAAUAUUGUAGGAUACCAAUGGGGCCUAACGUAUUUUUGCUCAUCAGGUGACGGCUAGUGUGAACCUAUCGUUCUUCGUCCAAUGGGCAAUUGGCUAGUCUCACGCUAUUGCUCGUUCAAUAUUUGAAAACUGCUAUGAUUGGACAAAAUUAUCUUCCUACUAUUGCGCCAUGUAGUACGCAAAAAUACGGUAGCCCCCUUUCUCAUGAAUGUCUUAGAUUACGGCCGGCUGUGAAUCUAUGCACAAAUUUUUACCCAAGUCAAUUGGAAAACCAAAAUUAGUAUAAAACAGUAUGUAAUUAAUCUUGAAAUAAAAUUUUGUAAAGUCAAAGGUACCUCCGCCCUCCUUGUACUAUAAUACGCUAAAACAUUGGACAAGACUAGACGAUGAUAGUAUGUAACGACGUAUUUUGUAGAAAAAACCUUUUCUAUGAACUUGUAGCAAUAAGAGAUUGAAAUAUAACAAAGAAAAUACAUCACACCAAUAUCUGGUAUUCUUAAAAUUCACCGACAACUAUAUUUAAUUUAUUAAUAACAAAACAUAUUUUUUUGUUUACUACUUAGUAACAUGUACAUUAAUUUUAUAUUUUGGUUGUGACGUUUAAUCUUGUGGAUAGCUUGUUUUAAGACGGAAAGUCGUUUCUUAAAGUAUGUAAUGACUUUUUUAAGUUUAAUUUAAUAUUGUUUUGUCUCGUUUAGUAUCUACCUAAAUAAAAGUUAUUUAUGUUUUGCUUCAGAUGAACAAUUACAUUAUGAUAAAUCAAUGUAAAAUUUUAAACGAACUUUAUAUACUUACAAAAUGUGUAUUUAUAGUCUUGUUAAUUAGAAAUAUUUUGUGCCCUUAUUUGUUAUCUAUAUCUCUCUGCCUCACUUUUCGGGCUAUGUGGGCGUGAAGUAACGUUUAUGUUAUUAUAAAAAAAACUAUGCGUGGUGCUAAAUUUGACCCGCUUUGUAUUUUCGAAAGUCAAAAUUGAACAUUCCAUUUUUAAAUGAGCUUAAAAUCUAGUAGAUAAUAUAAAUAAUGUUAGUAGACCUAUGUUUUUUUUUUAUUUUACUUUAUUAACCUACGGCAAUUGUUUUUAACGAAUGGUGUUUCUAGAGUACCUAUUUAUUUUAAUAUGAAACACGAUAUUUAAUUCUUAAGUAAUUUAUUGAAAUAAAAAAACAAUAUUCAUUGUUUAUUUAAACAUGUUUUACCUGUUAACAAUUUAAUUCUGUUUGCCUUUUCGUUCCUAUAACAUAAUUAUGAGUAGAUAAUUGUUAUAAUAUAAAUAACUUAUUCUGCAUUUGUAUCGACAUUAGAUUGUAGUGAGAUAGUGAAUGCACUUGUGAAUGACAAUAAAGCAUCUCAAAUUAUU